CUAAGUCACAAACCACAGCAAUGGCUACUUUAUCAGACCCAUGGAAGAAGAGAGACGCAUGGAGAUACCAAGGUGUCUUCUCGAAGUCGCAGAGAUUUAAGGGCCUGUUCCCAGGGUUCUACAUUGGCCUUGGUGCGUUUGUUGCAUACUCCGUCUACGAAGAUUAUCUUGCGCCAAAGCCUCACCAUUAGCUCGAGAGGCUCCCCACGAUGUAUCUAUAGAAUGCGAACUCAUCUUCUGGCCCCAACUUAUUUAUUACUACUUUUAUCGACAACACCGUCAUUGUUAACUAC